AUGGAAAUACACAAUGACAUGGGUUACAGGGUUUAUGUAGAGUUGAAAAAAGAGAACAGAGAAUUCGGGAUGUAUCCUUUGUGCAUAACAACGAUUAAAAAAGAACUUGUAUCCGGUGGUAGUUUAAUUCAAGGCGAUAUUGUGCAAAUAGACGAAUCACUUCAAAUGUAUGAUUCCGGUACAGAUGAUACGCUUGCUCUAGAUUUUGUCAAUUCAGGAGAAGCAAUUGGGGUGUUUGAACUGGACAAGGAUUUGAUAAUUUCAAAAACUAAUCAAAGGGAGGUUAUGGUUGGCCAAGUAUAUAAGGAUAAGGCUACAUUGAAAGAGGUGAUGGAGAAUUAUGCUAUAUCUCAAAGGUUUCAAUUCCGGGUUGAUAGGUCGAAUGCUGACAGCUAUGCAUUAUUAUGUAUGUUAGAAGAUUGUGAAUGGAGGUUUAAGGCUUCGAGCAUUAACAAAUCAGAACUAUUCAAAGUGAGAGAGUUCAUUGAUGACCAUACAUGUCCGCUGAAGGACAAGGUGUAUGAGCAGCGACAGGCAAAUAGCAGCCUUAUAGGUGGUAUGAUUAGGCCUAAGCUUACUAAUCAUAAGAGGAAAUACACCCCAAAGGAUAUUAUUGAUGACGUGAAAUCAUAUUUAAGUGUAGAUGUUAGCUACAUGUUGGCGUGGCGGGCUAAAGAAAAGGCAAUAAAUUUUUUGAGAGGUGAACCGGCUGAUUCAUACAAAAAAAUUACCAGGAUACUUAUAUACAAUGGAUAUGACAUAUCCAGGUUCGCACAUCAGAAUGUUGUGGAUGGAAGUCACCUAAAAUCUUACUACACCAGGACAUUCAUCUCGGCAAGCACGUUGGAUGGUGCAGGUCAUAUAUUGCCACUAGCAUAUGGUGUUAUUGAUUCAGAGAACGAUGCUGCUUGGACGUAUAGAAAUGAGAGUACCAUUAAAUCUGUAUCGAGAGUGUAUCCAGAUGUACCAUAUUUUGCCUGUAUAUGGCAUCUAUGGAACAACGUAUAUAAGAAAUUCAAAAAGAGCCAUGCAAAGUUGAGCGAGAUAUACUUCUCGAUGGCAAAAGCAUACACACCAGCUGAAUUUGACAGUCUGAUGGAGAAGGUGGAGAAGGUAGAUAUUAGGGUGAAGGAAUACUUGGAGUUAGCUGGAUACGAGAAGUGGGCUAGGUUGUAUGCACCUGUUAACAGGGGAUGGACCAUGACGUCAAAUAUUGCUGAGUCAAUCAAUGUCGCACUAGUAUCACCAAGGGAAUUGUCAAUAUACGACUUCCUCGAAGAAGUUAGGAAGAUGUUUGGACGUUGGAAUUGCAGUAACAGCAAAGAAGCUACACAGACAUACACAACUCUUGGAAAAAAAUACCAAGAGAUGCUGACUUUGAAUGAGGCAAUGUCUACACGCAUGGCUCUGUAUUUUACUGAUUCAAAUGUAUUUUACUGUAUUCAAAUGUAUUUUAAAACUUCACAGUAA